CAGAAGCACCUCCUACUCUGGCCUCCACAGUUUUUCCCCACCUCCUGGCUGUCCCACUGAGUCCUGGUCACCAGCACUCCCUCAGACCUGUUUUUUUACCCAAUACCUGGCGCGUGUAGAGAGCUUAGCCAGAUAUGGAUCAAUUGGGUAAGAUCUUCUCCUUAGGCCAGCAAAUCCUGAAGCAGAGUAAUGAGAUGAAAUACUGCCAGCGUCAGAGCCGGCGUCUACGGGAACGUGUGAGCAGUCUCCUUGAGGCUGUGCAGUGGCUCCAACGAGACCGGAUGGAGACCCUGCCCCCUCAGAUAACUGCUGCCCUAGACAAUUUUGAAAAUGCCCUGAAGAAAGCUAAGGAAAUGAUAGAAAAGUUCAACACUGAUUGCAAAAUCAAGAAGUUUCUAAUGGCAAGUAACAACAAGAUACUCUUUGAGGAAGUCAACGGGAAGCUGGCAGAUGUCUGGGAGGUGUUCAUGAUGAACCUUCAGAUUGCUCAACACUUGAGCAUUUCAAGAAUCAGUAAAAGGGAAUUCUGGGCACAGGAAGAUAAGCUUGAUGCAGAGCAAGACAGACAACUGCCAAGCCUGAGAAAGGAUAAAAACACGGAAGCUAUACUGAAGGGCAUAGAAGAAAUCAAGGACACCUUGAAGGACCUACCAAGAGCCAUGAAGGAGACAGCCCAGGAGAAAAUCCAGGAAAUUAAAGAGGAGGAGCUAUCAGGAUCCCCGUGGAAACUGAGGAAGCAGAGUGAAUUCAGCGAACUUUACGAGGGAGAGUAUUACAGGUCUCCGGUGGCCAUCAAAGUGUUCAUUAAGACUCAGGCCAAAAGCACUGGUAUAGUGAGAACGCAUUUCCGCAGAGAGAUCAGCAACAUGCGGAAGUUUGACUCCCCCAGCAUCCUGCGUAUAUUUGGGAUUUGCAUUAUAGAAAAAGCAGGAAGUUCGCCUCGGUUCUGCCUGGUCACGGAGUACUGCGAGCGCGGGAGCCUGCGGGACGUGCUGGAUGAGGAAAAGAACCUGCGGCUGGACUCGCGCGAGCUGCUGGCCCGAGGAGCAGCCCAAGGCUUGUACAGGUUACACCAUUCUGGAGUCCCACACCUCCACAGGAACCUUAGCAGCUCCAGCUUCCUGGUCACCCGCAGCUACGAAGUGAAGCUCACAGGAUUUGAGUUGAGAGAAACGCAGACCUCCAUCAGUCAGGAAAUUAUGGAGCCCAAAACAGCCUACUUAUCACCCCAGAGACUGGAAAAUCCGUUUAAUAAAUACGACAUUAAAGCUGAAAUAUACAGCUUUGGAAUCGUCCUCUGGGAAAUCGCCACGGGGAAGAUCCCUUUUGAAGGCUAUAAUUCUAAGGAGAUCUACCAGCUGGUGUUUGGGAAGCGGCAGCAGGAGCCACUGGGUGGAGACUGUUCUCCCCUGCUACAGGAGGUCAUUGAUGGGUGCCGGGCCUACGAGCCCUCUGUGCGGCCCUCUGUGGAUGAAAUCCUACAGAAACUGUCCUCUGUUACUGAGAAGUGUGUGAAAACCUGAAGCAAGGAGUCCUGGACAAGAUGGUGAGAAACAGGAACUAGACAUCUCUGACUUGAACAUUUUGAUAAAUGAUUUCCUGUGUCCACGCCUCUUGGCAAUGUGACUUUGCCAUCAUCCCAUUAAAUGGAGUGUCAGUUGGGCCCUGCAGUACCCACUUGUAAUCACAGCACUUGGAAGCCUGAGGCGGGAGAAUUGCCUUGAGUUUGAGGCAAACCUGGGCUGGCUACGUCAUGAGUUCAAGGACAGCCUGAACUAUAUGGCAAGAUCCUGUCUCAAAAACAGAAGAAAAAAAAAAUCAAAGUCUGUGCCCUCCCACUUGAAUUUAGCUGGCAUUGUGACUUGACUUAAUGUGAAAGAAGUGACGGUAUAUGUCAGUUCCAAGCCUAGACUUCAAGAGGCCUUACAAUGUCUACUCCCUCUCUUGGACCCCUACCCAGACAUGAGCCACCUGGACUAGUGAGCUGGAGGACAAGAGCCAAAUGGAGGGACACCUGUCCCAGCUGAGAUUCCAUGAGACCAGUCAGCCUCCCCACUGACCUUGGUGAGACCGAAGAACCUUCCAGCAGAGCCCAGCCCUGCUUGCUCACAGAAUCAGGAGUGAAAUAAAUGAAUCAUUGGAUUCAGCCAUGAACCUUUUGGGUAGUUUUCUAUACAACAGUGGUCCCUGAGUAUAUGCAGGUCAGCGAUGCUUUCUGCCACUGAACUGAGUACAAACUCCCCAUUUGGAUACCCAUGACCUUGGAUCUCCAACUCCACUUGAUUUUCCAUGCCAGAUCCCAGUGCUGUCCCGCUGGGACAGCAACCUCUGACCCCCAGAGGACCCAGCAGGAAAGCUGAGUCAGGGAGCUGAGCCUCUAGGGGACUUGAAGGAAAGGAUGAGCUUUAAGGAAAUCACCCUUUCUGCUCAGCUGUUUUGUAAUCAUGCAGAAACAGGAUCUUACUGUUUCAGAGCUGUACAUUUAUUGAAACAAGCUAGCUAAUUGGAUUUUUCUGUUAAUUGUCUCUGUUUUCAAAAGUUGGUAUCUCAUUAGAAAUUAUUUUAAUGUAUGAGACAUAGAAAAUGCCAGGUGGGUUGGGGAUUUAGCUCAGUGGUUUAAGCACCUGCCUGGCAAGCAUGAAGUCAUGAGUUCAAUCCCCAGCAUCAAAAAACAAAAAAGAAAGAAAAGAAAAUGCCAGGCAUGGGGACGUAUGCUUGUUAUCCCAGCGCUCAGAAGGUUAAAGCAGGAGGAUCACUGUGAGUUUAAGGCCAGUCUGGGCUACACAGUGAGUUCAGGGCCAGUGUGAACUACACUACCUGUCUCAAAAAACAAAUGUGAUCAUAGGAGCUGCCAGACUGAAACCCAUGUCUCCAGCACAGGGCCCUUUUGUCUGCACUGUUUAUAACUUUGCUCAUGAUGCAUGUCCAGCUCAGAAUACACCCACUCCCGUCUCUGCAUAUUGCUUUUCCCCAGAACUCACCCAAACAAUCCACAGUUGCCAGGUGUGGUGGUACUCAUUAUAAUCCUAGCACUUGGGAGGCUGAGGCAGGUGGAUCGCUGUGGGAAGCCCUGUAAUUGGCUGCCACCUUAUAUCUGCAGGCCAUACCACCUUAACAGCUACGGGUGUACCACUUUAACAUUUGCAGGCCGUACUACCUUAACUCCCUAGGAGUUAAGUUUGGUAGUUAAGCAGCACCUUGCCUACCUAGCUUGCUUGAUCUAUUCAGAAAUUAUGUUACUCAGCCCGCACCAGGAAAUUUGAAUUGACCUAUAACCCUCAGUCCUGCCAGUAUUGCUAAGUUACCUGCUGAGGUCUCAGAACCCAAAUCUCCCCCCCUCAAUACCCUAUAUAUUUGUUACUCCUUCCGUGAAUAAAGGAGACUUGAUCGGA